AUGGCAUCGGUGCUGGCCGGCCGGAGUGUUACUUCGCCAUCGCCGACGGGGCUCAGGCUGGCUAGACCGCGGCGGAUGGGGUCUUGGCGUGGUCCCUUGCCGCCGCGCAGGAUGACGCCGGCGCCGGUCUUCAGCCAAUUCCUGGAGAGGGCCAACAUGAUACCUGCUUCCUCCGGUCCAGCUGCCUCACCGAUGAUGUCAAUAUGCCCGGGAUCGAUGGAUGCGGAUGCAGAUGUUCCGGAGACGAGAUCUCAGCCAAUUCAAAUGCGAGCGGCCUCGGAUCCCGGGCCCAUGCAAAGGGAAUUGGGCCAAGUUUUUUCUUGGGCCUACCUCAGAUGUCGCAUGAGGGUUCUAUGGGAAGGGUUCCCGACGUCCAUCGCACCAACAUCGAUCGCAGAGGUCGCCUCCCACUCGCCGCCUCUGCCUCCUGAUCAACCUGGCGUCACCGGGGCCGCUCGAUCCUACGCCGUAGUCACGGCAGCGCCGCUGCGUCCCAUGGCGGGCGCGCCUCCUCCUUCGACACGGGGUGCAGGAGCGCCUGUUCCUCAUGGCCCUCUGGUUGCGGGGGAAACUGCCUCUUUGGCUCGCCCUCAGGCUCCGACACAGGGGUUCACCAGCCCUCCCCCGAUGCAGCAGCAGCGUGGACCGGCGCCGCCCUACAUCCAUGGUGGAAGCCAGCCCUAUGCUUAUGCUCACCCUGGGCAGUACAACUCACCCUACGGUCCGGCCGUCGCCGGAGGGUCGGUUCCUAUGUAUGGGGCUCCACCACCACCGGGGGUGACCGCUCCCCCGCAAUUCCAUCCCCGGGGGGCCGUGGCUUAG